AUGAACCACUUCCCACCCUCUUCAAACUUCCAGCUGGGUCCGGUUCCUUCUGGCCGAGCGACUCCGCUUCAAUUUAUUUCGAGACGAACAGAGUCACCCAGCUCGUCGUCCGUCAGCGAUGGCGCGCCGGUGGAAACUUCUCGUCAGAGCAACCCCUGCCCUGUCAUCGAGAACUGGACGAGCUCUAGCUCUCGCAAUCCAGGGACGAUGAUGUCCAGUCAGCACCCAUGCGCCGUUGAAACCAACCCAAGCUACUCCAUGGGUCCAUCUCACCCCCCGGUGGCGACGGUGGCGGACGGCGUCCCCCGUAUGUUUCCCUACGACCAAGGCUGGUCGAACACCUUCAUGGGGUCCAGUUCCACCACGGCUCCAUUGCAACCCGGCCUGCGUCGUUCCCACGACUACACUGGCCCUUCAGAAUGGGGACGUGAGACAGGCGGCGGUACUUUCAAUCCGGACCCCUCCUCGUACGCUUCUUCUCGCGCCCACGUCUCGCCUGAGAAUCAGCCCGAGGCUUCUGGAACAAACUAUUCUCCAACGAGCUUAUCACCAACCUCGCCCCCCCUCUCAAUCUCCUCUUAUCAGGCCGGGCACGACGGCAGCAAGCCUCAUCCUUCUGGCACCAAGCUGGGCAUCGACCGCGAUGACCUGCACGCCACCAGCUCAGAGGAUAGCACCGAGGAGGAUGUCAACACGGACCCUCCUUAUUCCCUCCUAAUAUAUCAGGCUCUCCGGAAUGCACCGGACAUGAAAUUGCCUCUUCAGGGCAUCUAUGACUGGUUUGUGAAAAAUACAGCCAAGGGAAAGGACCGGAACUCCAAAGGCUGGCAAAACAGCAUUCGUCAUAACCUAUCUAUGAACGCGGGCUUUGAGGCGGUUCGAGAGGAAUCGAUCCCUGGCAAAAAAUCCGUAAAUUACUGGCGCCUGACGGACGAGGCCGUCAAGAACGGCAUCCAAUCUACAACCCGGUAUAGGAAGCAGGCGAAUUACAAGAAAUUCCUGGGUUCGGACCCACCGGCACCUCAACGCCAACGAUCUGGCGCCAAAGGGGGCAAGGCGACGAAAAUCACCGCCAAGUUCCGAGGCCAUGUGAGCCCGGACCACCACUUGCGACGGGAGCGAGGACUGCAGAAGAGACUGUACGGGCAGUACUACCACCAUCACCAGUCCCCCACGACGACCGUGUCACCAUUCCAUGUGUUAGGGACGGGCGCGCCGCUGACUCGUCCGUCAGUCGAGACAUUUGAUUUGGGGAGCGUCAUCGGGUGCGCUGACCCCCCUCCUUCCACGCCGAUUUUCUGUGACAUGGCGGGGCCUGCACCAGAUUGUCCGGCCGUGGAUAACUCCUUCAUGGGCUGGUGCGUGAUCCAACCAUUUCCCCAGGGACUGUUGACGGGGCCCGAAAUAUCAUCGGAUCUCCAACUUGGGGUAUAA